AUGGCGCCCAAGCCCAAAGCUCCCAGCUACGUCCUCGGCGUUGGCAUGACCAAGUUCAUCAAGCCCCGUGGCAAGGUCGACUACACCGAACUUGGUUUUGAGGCUGGCGUCAAGGCCAUGCUCGAUGCCCAGAUCAACUAUGAUGAUGUCGAGCAGGGCGUGGCCUGCUACUGCUACGGCGACUCGACGUGCGGCCAGCGUGUUUUCUACCAGUUUGGCAUGACCCAGAUUCCCAUCUACAAUGUCAACAACAACUGCUCCACAGGCUCGACCGGCCUCGCCAUGGCCCGCCAGUUUGUGAGCUCGGGCGCUGCCGACUGCGUCCUCGUCGUCGGCUUUGAGAAGAUGAUGCCCGGCAGCCUGCAGAGCUUCUUCAACGAUCGCGAGAACCCCACCGGCACGACCGUCAAGAUGAUGGCCGAGACGCGCGGCAUUACCAAGGCCCCUGGCGCCGCGCAAAUGUUCGGCAACGCCGGCCGCGAGUACAUGGAGAAGCACGGCGCCGAGGCCCGCGACUUUGCCGAGAUUGCCCGCGUCAACCACGAGCACUCGACCCGCAACCCGUACUCGCAGUUCCAGGAUGUCUACACGCUCGACCAGAUCCUCGACGCGCCCAUGAUCCACGCGCCCCUGACCAAGCUCCAGUGCUGCCCGACCUCGGAUGGCGCCGCCGCCGCCGUCGUCGUCUCGCAGGCCUUCCUCGACGCCCGCCCCCACCUCAAGAGCCAGGCCGUGCUCAUCGCCGGCCAGUGCAUGGCCACCGACGCCCCCUCGCUCUUCUCCCGCAGCGCCAUCGACCUCAUGGGCUUCGAGAUGACCCAGCACGCCGUGCGCGUCGCCGCCGCCGAGGCCGGCAUCGACGUCGCCCGCGACGUCCAGGUCGUCGAGCUGCACGACUGCUUCUCCGCCAACGAGCUCAUCGUCCUUGACGCCCUCGGCCUCGCCAAGCCCGGCAAGGCGCACGAGCUUGUUCGCGCCGGCGAUAUUACGUAUGGCGGCCGCUACAUCGUCAACCCCUCUGGUGGCCUCAUCUCUAAAGGUCACCCCCUCGGCGCCACUGGGCAUCGCCCAGUGCGCCGAGCUCGUCUGGCACCUGCGCGGUUGGGCCAACAACCGCGCCGUCAAGGGCACGCGCGCCGCGCUGCAGCACAACCUCGGCCUCGGCGGUGCCGUCGUUGUAACCGUCUACAAGAGAGCCGACGGCGCCGAGGCCCCCGUCGCCGACGACAAGGCCGUUGGCAGGGCCAACGGCCUCGGCUACAACCCAGCCGUCGAGGCGAGGGGGUUCACCAAGGAGGAAGUCAAGAAGGUCAGGAGCAGAACGGCGAGCAGCGACUGGGCGCUGCAGGACACGCAGGCCAAGGUUGA